AUGAUCUGUUUCACAAUUGGUUUUGGGCUUGCUCUAUUUAGCACUUUAGAAUUCAAUGAAAUCAAUGUUAGAGCAACACCAAGCGAUGAGGCUUUCAAGCGACUUGCACUAGAUGUCAAUUCACUUUCAAUCAUGGUUGUUGAACAGCAACGACGUGUAGGAGACCAAGAUAUGGAAAUUGCUGCGUUGAAAGAAAAUGAUGGCAAACUGGAAAUCAUAAUUGAACAAUUGGAAGAGAAAUGUGAUGAAAAAUGUAAGGGAAACCGCGGCUUUCCGGGAAAGAGAGGGCUUAAAGGAAAUCCAGGUGUAAACGGCAAAGCUGGACCAAAUGGGUUAGAUGGUGAAAAAGGUGACAGAGGACCAAAUGGUACACCUGGUGCAAAAGGUGAAAAGGGAGACCGAGGGCAAACUGGUUCACCUGGAAAUAGUCCAGACGCAACUGACAAUGACGCCGUCAUAACAGUGGCGCCCUCAAGUGAGCCAAUCCCACUAGAUACAACCGGGUUUGCACAAAUUAACCAGCCGGGACCAACGGUACUACCAUGUAACAGUUAUGCAUAUCCGGGAAUGAACAUCGAUGGUGGUCAGCCCUUUCCCAGUAACGGUCUCACCGGCGAUCAAUGUAUCGCAAUGUGUAGAUCAGAACCCACGUGUAUGGCUGUUGACUUUAACUCUCUGGACGGAAGCUGUUGGGCUCACACCAAAUCAACUAUGUGCGAUCAACUGAAAUCAAAUAGUGGAAUUUAUCAUGUGAAAUUUGUUAUAUGUGCUGGCCAGACACCCCUGCAAAGCAACACAUGUUAG